GCGGAUGAGUUCAAACCCAAACCGCGUAAAACCCAGUUUUCUUUUUCUCUUCAUUUCGGCCCCAGCCGCAGACUUAGCUCCUAAGAAUAUCUCCUCGCCGAGUCUGAACACGCAUUAAACUCCAUCACUACCCUGCGUCACCCAAAUAAAAAGGCGAAAUCAAGGGUGCGUUUGCUUGUCCGCCUCUGCAUAAAACUGCAUAAUUCACAUACGUAGUACGUAGUCUCUCUCUCUCUCUGCCUGCUCUUGAGCGCGUUACGUGACCCGGGAGCUCGACGGAUGGGGAGGAAGCUCGACCGGUUGCUGGGGCGCCCCCGCCGGGUGGCCAAGUUCAGGCCCCUCGUCAGCCUCGCCGUCUCCCGCCUCGCCGUCCUCAAGACCCAGCGCCAGUCCCGCCUCUCCCACUCCCGCCACGACGUCCUCCAGUUCCUCCAGCUCGGCCACCACGAGCGCGCUCUCCUUCGGGUGGAGCAAGUGAUCAAGGAGCAGAACAUGAUGGACGCCUACGACAUGAUGGAGAGCUACUGCAAUCUCCUGAUGGAGAGGGCCGACCUCAUCGAACAAGAAAAAGAAUGUCCCGAGGAGUUGAAGGAGGCGAUAUCGAGCUUGAUCUACGCGUCUUCGAGGUGCGGAGACUUCCCGGAGCUCCAGGAGAUCCGCAGCGUCUUCGCUUCGCACUUCGGCAAAGAGUUCGUGGCUCGCGCGGUCGAACUGCGGAACCAUUGCACCGUGAAUCUUAAGAUGGUAACGAAGCUGUCGACGAGGCAGCCGAACUGGGAGAGCAGAGUGAAGGCGCUGAAAGAAAUCGCAGCCGAGAACAGCAUCGAACUGCAUCUGGAGGGUGAUCCUUCCAGUACUUCUGAGGAUAAAACAUGUGUCGACAAGAAGCCUGAGCUUGCAGAGGGAUUGCAGUGUUCGUCUCCAGGAGGGAAAGAGGACUCGUCUUCUGAUUCGUUCCAAAUGAAUAAGCAGUACAAGGAUGUGGCUGAUGCAGCUCAGGCUGCUUUCGAAUCGGCUGCUCAUGCAGCUGCUGCUGCAAGAGCAGCAGUUGAACUCUCUCGGUUUGGAUCCCACGAUCCGGAUGAUCGCGAUGGUCCUGAUACCCCAAAGGCGAAAUCAUUCCACAAGGUCGAGUCCAAAGCGCAAGGAGGACCGGUGGAUGAUGAGCAUCAAGUUCCAGACACGCCUCUCGUCGUAAAUGCAGGAGGAUCGAAGCGAUCGAUGUCUUCUUCGAGUUCAAAGUUGGAGGAAAUCGAUGCAACUUCCUCAGAAGAGACGGGCCGCGCAGAGGAGGUGAUCUUUGAUAAAAGUGAAGAUGAGGGAGAAAUUGACGAAGGACUUGCUCAUGCUGGAUUACCAAACCAGGAUGAUGGCAAGUCCAAAGAUGGCGGUAAAGUCGAAACUACACCCCGUCUCUCAUCUCGGAAGCAUAUCCGUUCAAGGUUCCAGGCUGGUAGGAAGAUGGAUAUGGACCCCGGUCUUGCCACGAUACAUGCUGCCGAAGCAUCAAAGAUGCGAAAUGCGCAACUGAACUUAGAAGAGAGACCAUUCUCAGUCCGGACCAGACAAGUUCGUGGUUACUGAGAAAGAUUGGGCGCGUCGUGUUGUGAGUUUGUGAAGCCAUGAUGAGAACUAUUCCUAUCGCAGGCCUUUCUUUUUUUCUUUUUUUGUAUUCUUUUCUUUCUGUCCGUUUUUCAUUAUAAAUUGCAGCUGAUGUAAGCAAUUUUUUUGCUCUACAUACCAUUUGAAUUUUGAAUUGUAUUGGCUCUGUAUUAAAAAUAAGCCAACGGAUAACAAUUCUUGUGAUCUUAUUGUAUGUUUCUGCGCUUUCAUA